UUUUGAAUGAGCCUAGGAGCGGUGUCAAAUUUGCAAGGUCGCUAUGGGUCUUGCCUCUGUACCAAUGGUGUCAGUAAAUUUUAGAUUGCUUACAAUAGUGGCCGCUUUCAUGUCGCUAUCUUUGCAUCGUAUAAAUGGAUCAGCAGUUCUUAUAUCAGAUGUAGCGAUGACCGUAAUGGUGGAGUUAUCAUCACGGCAUCCAUUUUGCAGAAUGCAUACAGAUCGCGGCGACAUUCAGCGCAUGUUGUUGCAAGCUGAUUCUCGACGUAUACGCCAAAUUCCGAGAGAAUCGGUUAUGGAACUCGAGGAGGUAUGCAAGAGCUCAGGUCAGCACGGCAGAGAAUUUCGUGGUGGUUUAGGUUUCAUAUAUCCCGGAACUAAAUGGUGUGGACCUGGGACAAUUGCCGACAAUUAUGAUGAUUUGGGUACGCAUACUGAGGAGGAUCGCUGCUGCCGCGAACAUGACCAUUGCCCAGAUGUCCUAAAAGUGGGCGAAUGUCGUCGAGGUCUUUGUAAUACCGGUACAUUUACACGAUCACAUUGCGAUUGUGAUGAUCGUCUUAAGCGUUGCUUGCAAGCAGUGAACACAGAAACUGCAAAUACGCUUGGUGCGAUUUUUUACAACGUAGUACAAGUUACCUGUUUCCAGGAACGCAGCCCCUGCUCGGCGCAUCAAAGGGUAGGCUAUAAUAAAACCGAACAAGACGAAAUUUGUGCUCAAUGGCAAUAUCAACCGUCGGAAAAGUAUACGCCCAGCGCACCAGGUCGAACUUAAUUGAAACUUGCAAUAGCUGGUAUAGCGAAUCACUGAAAA